UUUCUCCUGGCUUUGAAAGCGUUGCUCUCGUGGAGGAGGCUCUGAACGGCGAGCUGAUGAACGAAGACAUAAAUAUCCACAGCUGGCCUUGUUCCUACUACUUGGACACCAACAAACAAUGGGUCUCUGGCAGGCUCUCGCUGACUCCUGUCGCGAUCAAAUUUACAGCUGACAAGACCGGGGAGCUCUUGGUCAACUUCCACCUUUCCAGCAUCAGCGAGAUCAAGAAGGAGUCUUCAAAUUUAAUCUUCAGCUCUCUGACCAUCCUGGAGAAGAACACCAAGCACUGGUUCAGUUCCCUGCAGCCCAGCAGGAAUGUGGUGUUCAACAUCCUCGAGCACUUCUGGAGGGAGCAGUUGCUGUCCAGCCAAGGUGCUGCGGGGGCAGAAGCAGCAGCUUUGCAGACAACGAAGGGGAAGGAGCUGACGGGGUUAUUGACGGGGUCGCAGAAACGGCUGGAGGACACCGCCAAAGUGCUGCAUUACCAGGGCGAGCAGUUCGAUAACAUCAUGAGGGGGCUCAACAAGAUCGAAGGGGAUAUGGAUGUGGCAGACAGGUUGUUGACGGAGCUCGAGUCUCCUUCUUGGUGGCCAUUUAGCAGCAAGCUCUGGAAAGCACCGUUGGAAGCCAAGCCAAAGGAAACUGCCACAGUUUCCGAUUCGAAGAACCAGGAAGGAAUCAUAAUUAGAAUUCCAGUUAUUAUCACCCACAGAACAGACUCGAAUGUCAAGCCAGGAAAACUCACGCUCUUCACUUCUGGCCUGGAAAUCAGUGACUGCAACGCUCAGGUCAUUCACCGGUUUGAGUCAAAGGACGUGGACGAUAUCAAAGUUCACACGCCGUACGAAAUCAGCGUCCGUCAGAGGUUUAUUGGGAAGCCUGACACCUCGUACAGGCUCCUCUCAGCAAAGAUGCCAGAAGCGAUCCCCAUCUUGGAGAUGCAGUUCAGCAAGAAGAUACAGUUUUUGGAGGAUGCCCUAGGAUUUGUCGGUGCCAGGAAGUCUCCUCAGGUAGAUUUGGGCACCUCCAUUUGGCAAGCAGCCACGGGACUCCUGGGAGGAGUGGUGCAGCCCAGCACGCCGGCGGGAGGCAGAGAAGGGACGGACAACGACCAGGUUCAGCUGCAGAAACACGAGAAGGUUUCCCAGGAAGAGGCUAAAGAGCUUAAACAGAUACUGCAGAAGCUGAAGAGCCUCGCCUUGGAGACAGAAGCAGAGCUGGAGAGGCAGGACGAAGCUCUCGAUUCCAUCACUACCUCCGUGGACCGAGCGACGAUGAACAUCGACAAGCAGAACCGCAGGAUGAAGAAACUAACGUAGCACCCCCAGGAGUCAAUGGGGACGGUACCACUGAGGAAGAGGGGAGCAGGGAAUUGUGUUUUUAAAGACUGUUUACUUUACAUACUUUUGUGGGAGCUGUUGCAAUACGGUCUGGAAUACGGUCCUGGUGAUGUCGAGUUUCAGAUAGUUCUGAAAAUGUUUCCAGACUCGGAUGAUGUUUUGACGGCUGCUUUAGGAUUAAAAAGGUCAAGCCUCUUAAUUGUGGUGAAACAAUGAUAGUGGCUUCUUUACUACAGAAAAUCUGUAAAUACGAGGGGAUGCGAUUUCAUCAAAAUGAACUUUUACGCGUUUUUUUUUUUUAUGUUGUUGCUUUUGAAAGUUUUUUUUUUAUUGUAACAAAGAAGUGAAAUGAGCUGCAUGUGAGACUACUUUAGGUGAUUACAGCCUAUUAAUUCUCUCUCAAGGUCUUUCUUGAAAAUAGUUAAUAGCUGAACUAAGGGCCAGAUGUCCAACUGCAAGUCACUGAGGCUUUUUUUUUUUUGCAAGCUAAUGCUGAGGUGAGUAAAUGAUGGUGAUAAAACCUUGUGUUCACUGAGCAAGUAGUUUUAAUAGGUUUCGAUCACGUUUUUAGUGUACCCAGAAAUUUUAUAAGAAUAGUGAAGGCUUAGUGGCCACAGAUGUCUGUUGUGCCGUGUCCUGGGAAGUCAGCAAAGUUUAGGUAAUGUCCAUGUAUUGGUAAAGACACCAACUUAAGGAACAGUUCUCAUUUUUCCCCCCCGUUGGAUAAAUAUUUUCCUAAUUUAAGUCACUUAUAAAAAAUAAGUGUCCCCAAAAAGGGAUUCCUGAUCUUUGAUGAUCAUCUGCACCUUUUUAUUUGUUUUUAUUCCUCCCCUGUUCCCUUCCUCACACAAUUAGGGAAAGAAUUGAUUCUGGAGUGAAGGAAGCGAUUUUCUUCAUGGAUGAAUUUAUUCAGUACAUCUCUUGGAGUGCACUGUGUGCACCUCUCACUUGCACACAGUGGUUUUAUAUUUUUGGCAAUAGCAUUGUCCUCAGAGCAUCAUGAACACGGUGUUUGUUUAGCGUGGUGCCAAACUACCUGGUGGGAGCUGGGCUGCCACAUCUCUGAUGGAGGGUGGUGGAAGGUCUCUUGCACCCCUGCUUCUCUGUACAUUCAUUUUCCAGGGAUCUCCCAGAUGUUUGACUCUCCAAAUGGGAACUUCAUGUGUUGUGGGGAGCGUCAUCUGUUUUUUGUGCAUCUACGCCAGGUUCAUAGGUUGAGGGACCUAUGGCUGGAGCCGUAGACAUCUGUGACAUUUGCAGUUGUAAGACAUCUGCCUGUCUUGUGGUUAUUAUUUCUUUGCACUAACUGGUAAUGAAACAUUUCAAGACUUCUUGUAGCCCUGUCUAUUUAAAAUAAAAAGGGAAUAUUGCCAAUUGUUCUCUAACAGGUUUUGUUUACAGUUAGCUCUGUUGAGACUACAGGACAGUGGAGACCUUUUCCCUUCCUAACUUGGCAGAUACAAGGUAGGAGGGAUUCUAGGUAAUCCAAAUCAUAGAAUCAUAGAAUCAUUUAGAUUGGAAAAAACCUCUAGGAUCAUCUAGUCCAAAAGACAGACUUGCUGUUCACUGCACAUUUCAUCAAGUCUUACUGUUGACCAGCUGCUUUGUUCAAAGUAGCUGUUGUAAUUUAUUUUUUUUAUGGUUUUGUAUAAAAAAAAAAUAUCUUGUAUUGCUUUCAAAUACAACCCAUAACCCUGUUGGUGCAAUAUUUUUAACUCGUAAAGCUUUGAACUGUCUAUUCACUGAUAGCUGAUGUGAAAUUUUGCUGUUUAAGAGUAACACAGCCUUUUAAAGAAAUACGUGGUAGAUUACAGUGUUGUUUUCAAGACCUUACUCUACCUUGCUUUGUAUUACUUCAGAUUAGUUUGUUAGAACUUGAGGAAAUUGUACUUCUGCACUGCAAGUCCUUCAUUUUCAGUCCAAGUUGUUACUGGCAUGCACUUUACUUAUUUGCUGAAUAUGGUGAAUAUAUACAUACACACUAUGUACUGUGAAAUAAAACACUGUCUGUUCUCAUUCUUGUUUGUUUCUGAUACCCAAAUCACUGUUGUUUUACUGUGAAAGGAUCGUAUGUUUACACAACUAUGAAGUUACAAACAUACUUUUCACAAAAUGUGUGCUAACUGAACCUGGUGCUGACUGGGAGUGGGUCUCUACACUGAAUUAGUCUGGAUCAGGACUGCCAAAAGUAAAUGCUAAUUACACAUCGUUGAGUGUAGCAUUCUUUGUGCCAUAUUUUUAUUGUUGUCGUUUCUAUCUCUAACUCCUGCAUCUGAUUCAGUACUCUGUGUUAGUCUGUGUCCGUGCUAAAACAAAGUUGUAAUGUGGUUUGUAAGAAGCGCCCCAUUUUAGAGCUGUACUGCCUAGCCGAAUUUCACAUGCCUGGAGGACUUCCAUUCUGUAGUUUCUUAUUAAAUACCUUGUAAUAGUG